AUGACCAUACUUUCCAGGUUUUCGUAUUUUGAUAGUCUCUUUUCCUUCAAAAAACAAGAGCCUUCCCCUAUUGAAAUAAUUUACUGCAAUGAGAACAAUGGUUUCAUAAAUAUCAAAUCCUUGGAAAGCUCCACCGACGAUAGUAUGGAAGCAGAUAUUUCUGAUAGAGAAAUGGCUACAAUUUUGACUAGAAACAGAAAACAUUUGGGAAAGAUUACGAUUGACAAGAAGAGCAUUAAAAAUCAAUGCAUUAACCUGCAUAACCUGAAAACGGGUAUUGCCACCGAUAAACACAGAUUGAAUGGUGAUGAUUCAACGGGGCAACAAGAUGAAUAUCCACCUGAGGAUUCCUUAGAAUUUAACAGGUUCGAUGACAAGCAAAGUAGAAUCCUAAAGUGUAGCACCAGAAGGAGCUAUUUUGGGUACAAGAAAUAA